CGGCUCACAGUAAUGGCAUAAAUGGAAUGGUAUCUAACACAUACAUGGUGAACAUGUGUUUGAUACCAUUCACUCCACCCAUUAUCUGGCAGAUCUAAGGACGCUCCAAUAUGCGUACCAACGAGUUUGUUUCCAGUUCGGAAAUGUCCGAUUUGUCUUGAACGCGGCAUCAUCUUCCAACGAGUUUCCAGUCGGGAGUUUCCGCGUUGUCUGUAACACAACAGAAGUAUGUCAUCAUCCAAAAGUCUUUAGUGGGGCUGGAAUAUAAGAUGCACAAUUGAGAGCAUCCUAUCGGGCUGUAUCACUGCCUGGUACGUCAACUGCACCACCCACAACCUCAGGGCUCUCCAGAGGGUGGUGCGGUCUGCCCAACGCAUCACCGGGGGCAAAUUACCUGCUCUCCAUGACACCUACGGCACCCUAUGUAACAGGAAGGCCAAAAAGAUCAUCAAGGAAAACAACCGCCACUGCCUGUUAACCCCGCUAUCAUCCAGAAGGCAAGGAAUGUGAAUGUCGGAGGACCAGGCAGCGCAGAAGGAUGAGCUGCUUGCUCUAGGGAGUAUUUACGACGAAGAGGAGUUUCACGGAGCUGAAUCGGCACCAGGCGGAGAAAUACAACUAUGCCUUGAACUUCCUCCUAAUUUCAAGUUGAUAGUCAAAGGAGACAAGCAGACAGAAUAUGACGUAUCUUUCCUACCUCCCCUGGUGCUUAACUUUGAACUUCCUGCCGACUACCCUUCCUCCUCAUCUCCGGUCUAUACACUAAGUUCCAAAUGGCUGUCAAGGGACCAGAUGACUUCUCUCUGCAAGCGUCUGGAUGAGCUGUGGGGGGAGAACCAGGGCUGUGUUGUCCUCUACAAAUGGAUCCAGUUCCUCAAGGAGGAGGCGUUUGCCUUCCUGGAUGUCAAGUCUCCGCUAGAGGUUGUUAAGGCAGGCAUGGUUCCGGUUGACGCGAAGAGAAGCAAGGCUGGCGUGAAGCGGGCGGGGACUAUAAUCGGGGAGGAAGACAAACUGGAGUCUCUGCUGGAGCUGGACCCCCGUGCUGUGCUGGUGGUGGACCCCCGUACUGAUAUCCUACCUCAGCUACUGGACUUUGACGAAGCUCACAGGCAGAAGGAGUUUGACGGCAAGGCGUUCUGCUGUAGCAUCUGCUUCAUGGAGAAGCUGGGCUCGAGCUGCCUGUGCUUCAAGGGAUGCCAGCACGUGUAUUGCAAGGCUUGCAUGACAGAGUACUUCGGGAUUCAGAUCCGCGACGGCAACGUUCAGUGUCUUAACUGCCCCGAGCCCAAGUGCACCUCCUUGGCUAUGCCCUCACAGGUCAAGCUCCUUGUCGGGGAGGAGUUGUUUACUCGUUAUGACCGUCUCCUGCUUAAGUCCAGCCUGGACCUGAUGGCUGAUGUGGUGUACUGCCCUCGCCAGUCAUGCUGCCAGGCUGUGAUGGUGGAGCAAGACACCACCAUGGGCAUCUGCCCUUCCUGUCAGUACGCCUUCUGCACCCUCUGCAAACGUGGAUACCACGGCCUGUCCCACUGCAAGGUCACAGCAGAUGAGCUGCGAGGCCUAAGGGAUGAGUAUAUCUCUGCCAGUGCCGAGGGGAAGAAGUUCAUGGAGCAGCGUUUUGGGAAGCGGGUUAUCCAGCGUGCUGUGGAGGAGUCCUUCAGCAGGGACUGGCUCUAUGAGAACUGUAAAGGCUGCCCGCGCUGUGGCACGAACAUACAGGCUGUUCCAGGGUGUGGAUAUUGAUGAAGAUGAUGCCUUGAGUGAUGAAGAGGACUGAUGUGUGCAAUACCUCAGUGUGCUUCAUUUGUUUGCAAUUUAUCUCACCCUUACUACACCAACUGCAUAUGGAUUUAGCCAACACCACCAUUUCUCACCAUCAUUGAUCAGGCAUUUACUAUGCCAAAAUAUAUCAGUCAUUUCUCAUGGUUGACUGGCUAGCAGAGAGCGAUUCCAAGCUUAUACAGGCACAUUACCUUACUGCAUACAGAAGUCAAAUACUCAGGGCCAGUAUUUUUCUGAAAGCAUGCUUGUGAAGAGAGCGUUCUAAUGCUGAGUUUGUAUGUUUAGAUGAUUUGAACAGAUAAUGUUGCCAUGUUUUAUCAAUCUCAAUUUAAAAAGAAAAUUCUGGGAUCUGGAGGUGAAAUCUUACAAUCAAGAACAGAGAACAACAUUGUUGUAUGUUUUUACUAUUUAUUUUGAUCAUGAGUUAAAAUCUGUGGAAGAAUGUGUGUAUACCCUGAUACCAUCCAAACCAUGAGCUAACAACUUGAUGUGAAAAAGGUAAAUAAAGCGUUGCCAAAUGUGA